AUGUCAUAUCCAUAUCCAAACCAAUCAAUGGAUCAAUUGGCUAACGGUGUUCAAAAUUUGAAUAUUGAACAACAACAAGCACAACAACCAGUCGCUGCUGCUCCAGGUGCUACUGCCGGUAGAAAGAAGAGGCCAGCUAGAGCUUACCAUGAUUUGAAUCAAAAUAAUGCAGCUCAAGCUCAAUUCCAAUCACCUGUACCGCCUCAACAAUUUGGUCUACAACAACCUUUCCAGACUCCGGUUGACUCAACUCAAACUUUCAAUCCAGCUGCAUCUCAAGUUGGAGGUACACCAAAUUCUUUUACCCCAGGCAUUCCUGUUGCUGGUGCUCCAAUAACACCAGGAUUUGGUGAUCCAUCAGCUCCUACUCAACCAAGCUACAAUUCUGUUCAACCUGAAAACUCUGGUGAUUCGUUAUCUGUUCCAUAUCAAAGAAAAAUUCAAGAAAAUGAAUACGCAUUUACACCAUUCAAAACAUUUGAAAAUACCGUCCCUCCAACUGCUACAACAAAAUUCACUGCUGUUGAUCAAGGUACUGCUAGUCCAAGAUUCAUGAGACUCUCCAUGUACAAUGUUCCAUCCUCUGAAGCAUUGAGAAAUUCAACAAAAUUACCAUUAGGUUUAACAGUUCGCCCAUUUGCUCCUUCUGAAUACAACGAAGAACCUGUUCCAGAAGUUGAUUUAACACAAAUUGAGGGUCCACCUCGUUGUCGUCGUUGUCGUACAUAUGUUAAUCCAGGUAUGGCUUUCACUCAUGAUAAUAAGAUGGUUUGUAACAUGUGUAAAUUUCCAACACCAUUGCCAUAUGAAUAUCAAUCACCUUUAGAUGUUAGUGGGCGCAGAAUGGAUGCCCCAUUAAGACCUGAAUUGCAUAAGGGAACUGUGGAUUUUAUAGUCCCAAAUAGUUAUUGGGAAGAAGAAGGUGUUCAACCUAAUACUUUGCAUCAUGUAUUCUUAAUUGAUGUUAGUGCUCCAAAUGAAGUUAUCAAAUCAACUACAGAAUCUGUUAGAUCAACAUUACAAUCUAUACCUGCUGGUGUCAAAGUUGGUAUCAUCACAUAUGAUGAAAGAAUACAGUUUUAUAAUCUUCAAUCUGAGCAAUGUUCAGUCCAUAUCGCAUCAGAUCUUGAGGAUCCAUUCGUUCCAAUAAAUGAAGGUUUAUUUGUUGAUCCACAAGAAAAUAUUUUCCAAAUUGAAGAUGCUUUAAAUAAAAUUGAAGAAAUCUAUGCUGAAUUCAAAUCAGCUUAUGUUGCAUAUGGUGCCGCAUUGAAAUAUGCUUUAUAUGCAUUGGGAACCGUUGGUGGUGGUAAAAUAACAGCUACUUUAACCAAAAUUCCAGGUAAAGGUCCUGGUACCUUACUAAAUCCAAACAAUAAAGAUUCAAGUCCUGAAGUUUUCAAAACAUCUAAUGAUUAUUAUAAUAAAUUAGCUGAUGAAUUUGUUCAAAAAAAUGUUAGCUUAGAUUUAUUUGUCAUUUCUAAAAGUGCUGUUGAUCUAAUAAAUUCCGGUAUAAUCACCAGUAAAACAGGAGGUGUACUCAAAUUAUACUCCAAUUUUGUUCAAGAAAGAGAUGAAUUUUUAUUUAAUGAAGAGUUCAAAAAAGCUGUCUCUAGUACACAAGGUUAUCAAGGUCAACUGAAAAUUCGUUGUUCAGGUGGGUUACAAGUUGCUAAAUAUUAUGGUAAUUUUGAUUCCAAGGCUUCUGUGGAUCCAAAAAUCCCUGUUGUUGGAUCUGAACAACAAUUUUCAGCAUUAUUCCAAUAUGAUGAUGAAUUAAAUGAAAAAGAAGAUGCUCACUUCCAAGCUGCUUUAUUAUAUACAGGUAUUGAUGGUAGAAGAAGAGUUCGUGUUGUAAAUAUGGUUGCAGCUGUUACAAAAGAUGUUAAAGAUGUAUUUGCAUUUGUUGAUCAAGAUGUUGUCUUGGAUAUUAUCAUUAAAGAUUGUUUGAGUUAUUUUAGUAAACAACAUGCAACAGAAAUCAAAGUUUCAUCUACUCAUAAAUUAGUUGAAGUAUUCACACAAUAUCGUGGAUUAGUUGUUAAAAAUAAUGCAUUACCAACUCAGUUGAUAUUCCCGGAUAGUUUGAAAACUAUUAUUUCAUAUAUUAAUUCAUUCCAAAAAUCCAAAAUAUUUAGAGUUUCAAUUCCAAAUAAUUCUAAAAUUUAUGACUAUUAUCAAUUAAAUUCUCUCACAUUAGAUAAAUUAUUAUUAAAACUAUACCCAAGAGUUAUUCCACUACACAGUUUAGCUGAAGAUGAUUGUAUUUAUGAUGAAACUACAGGUUUUUUCAAUUUACCAAUAAAUUCAAAAGCAUCAUUACAAAAUUUAGAUUAUGGAGGUGCAUAUUUCAUAUUUAAUGGAGAAAAGUUAUAUUUAUGGAUUCAUAAUGCAGUUAAUGAACUAUUAGUUAAAGAUUUAUUAGGCGUUGAAGACUUAAAAGCAUUAUCACCAUUAACAAAUGAAUUACCAGAAUUGAACACACAUGUCUCAUUACAAGCAAGAAAUUUGAUCAAUUUUUACAAAACUCAAUUGGGUUACAACACUUUAACAUAUCAAUUAUGUAGAGUUGGUAUUGAUGGUUCUGAAUUUGAAAUUGCAGAUUUAUUAGUUGAAGAUAAAACAUUAGAUAAAACACAAAGUUAUACAGAAUUUUUAACUAAUGUUCAUAAGCAAAUUAAAGAUCAAAUAGAACAGGAUAAAGUUAUCAAAUCAAAAGAAGUAAGUCUCGAAGAUGUUAACUUGGCACAAAGAUAUUUGAACAUUUAA